CCUUCAUUCCAGCAGCAGCUCACACAGAGUCAAGAAUUUCAUAUUUAUUAUUUAUUGUGGAUUUUUCUCCCAGUAGCUAUUAUUAUUAUUUAUUUUGUAUUUAUUUUAUUUAACAUUCCCUUGUAUUCGACGUCAAAAUGUUUUUGUUUCCAAAUAACCACCCUGCCUUCCCGUUCCCCUUCCUUUUCUUCAUCCUCUCUCUUCCCUUUUCAUGGUCGUUUUACAUCCCAGAAUCCAACCCAAUCUUUGCCUUCAGGAAUCAGCUCAGAGAGGUGAAUCUCUACACAGAAAAUCACAGACAGGGUUUGUAUGUGGAGAUACAUCUGGAUGGGAGAGUGACUGGAAGUGAUGCUCUGAGUCCUUAUAGUGUGCUGCAGAUUAAGUCUGUGAAACCGGGUCAUGUGGUCAUAAAGGGACAGACGUCGUCCCUGUUUCUCUGCAUGGACGACGCCGGGAAUCUAAGAGGACAGAAGGCCUUUUACGAGGCCGACUGCUCCUUCAGGGAGCUGCUGCUGGCUGACGGCUACACGCGUUUCCUGAACUCACAACACGGCAUUCCUUUAUCACUGGCAUCCAGAAACUCUCCGGAUCGACACUCGGUUCCUUUCACCAGAUUUUUACCUCUCAGGAAUACGUUAACGGUUUCAGAAGAAUCAACAAAGACUCAGAGGGACUUCAACCUGGACUCGGACGACCUUCUGGGGAUGGGACAGAACGCGGUGGUUAGUCCUCAGCUGCUCAUGGACUAA